AUGGACUACACUCGUCCGAUCGUCGGUUACGGAAUUUUACUCGCUUCCACGGCCGCUUUCCAAAACAUCUGCCUCGUUUGCGAGCUUGUUAAUUCGUAUUUUAUGUUUUUCACGGCUGAGGCUGUACGUGGAAUUUCUGUUCUCGUGAUAGCCUUCGUCUUUUCCUGGUUUUGCGCCCUGGAAGGCAGUGAUACGAUCCAGUACUUUAACGUUCCACCGGAAUUUAUGGCCACUUUCCAGACGUAUAUGGUAUUCCCAGCAAUGCUCGAGUACUCACAGCCUUACUACAUAUUGUAUUGGAGGAGUCCAGCUUAUCGAAAAGCUUUUCAAGAGCAAGUUCGGAUACUUACUUUCCGAUCGGCCGAGGUGCCGUCAACAAAAGUCCACGUCGUCAGCCAGCACACAAAUUCGGUAGCGGAACGCCGGAAGUUGAGUCGAGCUGUUCGCGGGAUAUCUGUGCUGGUAAUCGCUUUCGUCGUUUCGUGGUUUUGUGCGCUCUUGGGUAGUGAUACCGUACAACAUUUUGGGAUUCCGACCUCCUGGGUGCCGGUUGUGCAGACUUACAUGGUCUUCCCAGCAAUGCUCGAAUACUCACAACCGUACUACAUUCUCUAUUGGAGAAGUCAACAACACCGUGCUGUUUUUCGAGAGCAAUUAAGGAUGCUGUGGUGGGGUCAUAAAAUUUUCUGCAUGAAGGAA